AUGGCUUCACGCCCAAGGCCUAGUCUGGCUGACUCAUCCUAUCCCGAGUCGACAUACGCCGAAACGUACGAUGAGGGUUCAUACGCCAGCUCGUCCGAAGGUGGUGGUUCUGCGAUGCUUUCUCGUCGAGCGCCCUCGAUCCAGUCGUCACUGUCCAGGAGAAGGUUCGAAGAGUACUCUGUCACCGAACCAAGUCUCAGCCACAUCGGACAGAGAAAGCGCUUCAAGCCAGGAACAGUGGCUCUGCGAGAGAUUCGCAAGUACCAGAAAUCGACCGACCUCUUGCUGCGCAAGCUUCCCUUCGCUCGCCUGGUAAGGGAGAUCGCCAACGACUUUGUCACUUCUUACGAGCACGGAGAAUAUGGAUCCGGUCUGCGAUGGCAGAGUUCGGCCAUCCUGGCAUUGCAAGAAGCGACCGAAGCCUUCCUUGUCCACCUGUUCGAAGACGCGAAUUUAUGCGCCAUUCACGGCAAGCGAGUGACACUGAUGAAGAAGGACUUCCAGCUCGCGAGACGUCUUCGUGGUCGAUGGGAUGGUCUCGGAGGAUACUGA